GACAACUCAAAAUGAUCAGUCAGAGAGCCCAGAAUGAAAUCGACUGGUCCAGGCUAAAGAUGAUUCAACCCAGCGCCGAGCCAUAUCCUGAGUGGCCAGAGCCGGAGGAGAGCUCGUAUUCUGCGGAAAGGCGCUGCCUGAAGUGUCGACGGUGGCUGAGUUGAUGGGAAAGCAAGAAUCUGGCAAUAGAGUCAUGAAGUCUUUCUCCAUAUCUAGCGACAUUCCCAAUAUUACAUCUGGUGAAUCAACGCCAACUUGGAGGAAACCUCCGAAGCUAUUCACGCACCAUGGCCUGCAUCCCGACUCGCAGUCACCCUGCUCACAUCACAGAAAGCUUCGUUGGCUUCUACCUUCCCACAUUAGUCGAUCAGGACAGUCCUGUCCGAGCUUUUCUCCAAGAAAAACCCGCUUCGAUAGACAAGCAGCAGCGGCUCAAACGACCCCAUAGAAAGUCCCGACGAGGAUGCCUGAAUUGCAAGGCCCGUAAAGUCAAGUGUCAAGAGACUAGGCCAGCAUGCGCAAAUUGUGUUACCAGAGAUAUGGACUGCAGGUACUCAAGUAAAGUGGAGGACAGGAGGACUCGACAAGAGUUGACGAGCUCUCGAGCCGAUCACCAAGAAUCUUUACAACUUCCUUCCGUCUCGAUGGCAGUUUUUGAAUCAGCAUUCACGGGAAAUGAUUUACGAUUCUUCCAUCACUUCUUGCGGGUUGCGCGGCCACAUCUGCCGUUCGGGAGCGAGCAGUCCUGGACCACAGAGGUGCCGGCGUACGCCCACGAGUGCCCCCAUUUGAUGCAUGCUAUUCUCUCGCUUGGUGCAACACACUAUGCAUUAAUCACACCCAACGGAUCUCACUACACGCCCAUAGCCAUCGUCCAUCGCGGAAGAGCUCUUCAGCUGCUAGGCCGGGCACUAUCAAAAGGAGAUAGCUGUUCGGAUGUUGAGAUGGACGGUAUACUAGCUACGUGCUACACGCUUGUUUUCCAGGCCUACUAUAUGACUGACGGUCUGGUCGACUUCGCAGUCAUGGUGCGCGGAUGCGCGACAGUGACGAACCAGAUCCGAGCCAGGUACAAAAAGAGCCAAAUGUUUACCCUGCAAUCGCAAGAAGAGGUGUCUACCAUGGUUGGCUCAUGGCUGCCGACUGAGGCCCCCAUGUCAACUCAGGCAAACCUCGUGGCUUCCAUCCAGGACCUGGAAAAGCUACGUCCUCUUCUUCAAAGCCCCGCGCAUCGCACCUUUUUCGAAGCCAUUCAUCAAACUUACUUGGCACUUCAACACUCACCCCAGGAAGCCUUCUUUUGGCUUACGAAGAUAUAUGAAGUUUGGUAUGACAUGGAGAAUCUCGAGUUCAUGACUUUCAUUGCCCCGGGAAAUUAUGUCUCCUGUGCUCUGUUCAUGCAUUAUAUUGCCGUCGAAGUCCUAAUGCGACCACUUCUCGACUAUACUGGUAGGGGUCGGGAUAUGAGUUACCCAUUUGGUACCGUGCUGGUUCAUCAAUGGGCGAAUACGAUCUACCAUAAGCUGCCGAUGUCGAUGCGUCGGUUGGUGAAGGGACAGGCUGAAUUGAUUGCAUCAGAUAAAGAUACUUCUUGUGGUUUUCCCUCUCCACGGGCAGAGAGUCACUAGAUCUGCCAUAUAGACUGGCAUGGUAGUAGAGAUUGCAGAUCAAGUCAAGAAACCGAAGUCGCAUCCUGGAAUCUUAUCCACCUUCUAUCACAGUUCUAAAAACAAGAUAACCCUAAACGAAAAGCCAAGAUCACCACCACAUAACUAUUCAAACAUCAAAAGCAGUCGAAAGGAUCUGCAACUUCCACUGGCGAUACCUCAAGUCCAGUUCACCUCCUCUCCCUUCUUUCUGUCUCCACGUCAUCUCUCGCAUUCGCCUGCAGCCACCGAGCCGGAUGAUACCAUCCCAAGACACUGAUCGCAAUCAGCAUCGGCACAGCCUCGAGCACAUACAACGGCCAUUCAUGAUUGAACGCAUAGGCAUCAAUACCCAUUGCGAACUCAAUAACCCGAUAGAUGGACCGCACCUGUCAAGAUAGUCAAUCAGUC